GCGGGCGUGUGGAGCGCUGAGGGGACGCUGUGAGGAAGGGACGAUGGCUGGUUCAGUGCUCAGUGAGAGACGGACGGAUCUGCCCGCUGAAUGCUGUGCCACGUCUGACAGCUCCUAUCGAAAAUGAGUCUCAUUAGUCGUUUAAUUUCGUUGCCAAAGGAGAGUUAUACAGCCAGCAUUACCUGUCUCUGACUGAGCAGCCGGAGGGACGCUGUGUGGCUCGUUUUUUAGCAUCUGGCUAGCUCGCCGUGCUAUGAUCUCAGAGAGAGCAGCUGGGAUUGCCUCAGCCUGGUCAGUUCUGUCGGCUAACGGGAGCUAGGCUAACUGGAUAACAGUGAUACACAGGCCUGCACUGUGCAGCACUGUAAUUUAAUAUAGUGGUACAGGACGUUCUCAACAUGGCCAUCACCCAGUUUCGCCUGUUCAAGAUCUGUACUUGCUUAGCAACCAUCCUUUCUUUCUUUAAAAGGUUGAUAUGCAGGACCGGUAGGUCACGAAAACUAAGUGGGGAUCAGAUCACUCUUCCUACAACUGUUGAUUAUUCAUCUGUACCUAAACAGCCAGAGAUUGAAGAGUGGAGUUCAUGGGAUGAAGAGGCCCCCACUAGUAUAAAGAUUGAGGGUGGUAAUGGAGCUGUUCCACCCCAACCAAACCAAGAGGAUGAGGAAGAGCCAGACUAUUUUAAGGACAUGGCUCCUACCAUCAGGAAAACACAAAAAAUUGUCUUGAAGAAAAGGGAGCAGAUGAAUUUCUCUGCCCCUGAUAUUACUACAGGCUUCUCCAGCAGACUGGCUGCUGCUCAGGACAUGUCCUUCAUCCAACCUUCAGCAGAGCUGGGGGACCUGGAUAACUGGCAGGAGGAUAAUAAUGCCUGGGAGGACGAGUCUGAAGCUGCGUGGGAGGCAGAAGAAGUGUUAAGACAGCAGAAGAUGGCGGAGAGGGAAAAGCGUGCCAUGGAACAACAGAGGAAAAAAAUGGAAAAGGAAGCUCAAAGAAUGAUGAAGAAGGAGCAGAAGAUUGCCGUCAAGCUUUCAUAACAUUUAUAAUGAGCGCUGGACACUCAAAAACCCAAAUCAUGCUCUGCCAGUACCUUUCGUCCUUUUUGUCCACACUGCAACACACUGUUUUUCUGUCUUUUUUUGCCAUCAAUUUUGCAGGCCCAUUGACUUCAGAUGAGAAAUCAUCUGAAUCUUUUUCCCCCCUUCUCUGAAUCUUUUCAUCAUUCAGGAGCAUUGGGAAUAUGAGAGACUUGCAAAGUGACUUGGCAGUUUAUAGUGUGGUUGUAUUUAUAAGACUUUAAGGAGAAUGUCAUGAUUCUUUUAUUUUUUUCUCUUGCCUUCAUGAACGUUCUUUUGCAUCUUUGUAUGAUACUGCGCUUCAAAACCCUCAAACACUGGAAUUCUUUAAGGGGAAAAUGUUUGUUUUCAAUUGGGAGAGAUGUAACGGUCCAAAUAAUUCAUGACUUUAUGCAACCCCUUCUUCCGCUUGCAAAAUAAAUGAAUGGGGAUUAGCCUGUUAGCACGUCCCUCUGUUUGUAAUGCUGUAAAUAUAACUGUAAUUAGGAGUCACUGCAGAAAGAGGCCUUAUUUAUGGCAUGGACGUUCAUAAAGGAAUGGAGUUUGCCUUUCCCAACACCAAGGUCACCUGACAGAUAAACUUAAAAGAAGCUGGAAGCCUGAGACUAAAAAUGAGAGAGGCCUGCUUUGUGUGGUGUUUGCGAUGAAACAGUGAGUGAAUGUGAGUUUCGUGUGAUUUGAGUGGCCACUCUCAAAGCCAGUGUUUAAUUAGAUGGAGGACUUAAACUGUUGGUCGUCAUGGAAACAUUUCCAUGUUUUUUUUUUUAAAGACUGUCUGGAAUGGCAACCAAAGCGACCUGUUUCCAUUCACUGUAGUAAUAGAAAGCAGCUGGUAAUGAAUUCAUCACCUAGUCUGUAUGUAUGUAGCAUCUUUUAAAUUCAUAUAAGCCCCUAAUAAAGCUUGACUAGAUUCCGUUUUAAUUUUUACUGGACUUUACUUGGAUUUAGGAACAGCUUUGUUCAGACUUCCAGCCCAAAUUCAUUUUUUUUUUUUUUUUUGGACGCAGAUUUAUUUUUAACAGUCUGGAUGGCCGGACACAACCUAAGAUCUGCAAACUAGAUCCAAAUCACAGUUAGGGGUGGGUUGAAAUGCGAUAACAAUCUGAUUUGUUCAACUGUGUCUCAGUAUGGACUAGGGCUGCAGCUUAUGAUUAUUUUGGGAGUCAACUAAUCUGUUGACUUUUUUUGAUUAGUUGAUUAUUCAAUGAAUAAUUCUGACAAUGCUUUAUCGCUUUAAAAUUAAAUAAACAGCUGAACGUGAGAUUUAAAUAGCCUUUAAAUGCCCAGAAUAUGUUUCAAUGUGGACAGUACUGAUCUUUGUAAGUCUGUGUAAGUGUGAGUGAACCCUUUACCUCAUUUCCAUCAAGUUUCUGUCCCCAGCACUUUGUGUAGGGCGCUGGUGUUGUAAGUUAACAAAUAGUUGCCACUGAAAUUUGGAGGCAACAUUUUUUAAAAAUUAGCAUCUACGAUUAUAUUGACAAAUCGGUGUGUAUGGGCACUCUAAUCGUAUUUCAAUGCCCCUUGAGCAUAACAACAUAAACAACAACCAUAUCAAAUCCAGAAUGAUGGAAGUGUGGAGGUCAUUAGCGCGCUAAAGGUUGGUAACACUGAUCUCGUUACCACACCAGUCCAUGCAGAUACGAUUGUGAUGUCAAGACAGGCAGACAAAGUAACAAAAUACAUGGUAUGCUUGUUCUGACACAACCAUCCCUGCAACGUAUAUUAUUUCUAAAACAGAGUGGUCUGGUAGGUUUGGCAGAUUUAUUUGCUUUCUACAUUUUAACAGUAUUUUAUAACAGUGAACAUAAUAUACCACAAACACAGAAUUUACAGUACAUCAACCUGCAUUAAAAGUACUUUUUUUCCCCCACAUGCUCUGUGCUAUUACACAUUCUCACCAGAGAGGUCUCUCAAUCCCCAGAAUUAACAGACUGUUGCUUUAAGUUGUUCCUCUAGUCAGGGUAGAAUUUGUUCAAAGCUUUACUGCAUAAUGACCAUUACUCUAAGAAUGUGUUUAAGAUGAAGUUUUUGAAUGGAUUGGGGAAGGCAGUAAAGUGCAAUGGUCUGCAUGUCCUUUUUUUCUCAAACAUUGCUUCUGUUUUUUUUUUUUUUUGUUUUGCACACUGUCCUCCUUUACCUGUAAUAAAUGUUUGGAAAGCCAUUCCUCAAUUUAA